AUGCAAGCAACAACCGAAGAUAUUACGGUGCCAUGGGGUCAAGCCCCAGAUCCAGCUGAUCAUCAAUAUGGAAAGUGGAGAAUGGCCGUUUUUCAGGAUGUUCGUGAGAGUUUGGAUCAAACCAAGCUGUAUUUUCUGUAUGAUCCUGUAGCCGACGAUAACUGCAUCACAACGUAGGUUUUUUACAUUUUUUGUUUGUGAUUUUAGGUAUCAAUGUUAAUAUUGAGGUAAUUGAUGAAAUUUGUGAAGUGGGCUUGGAGUUUUGAUUGGGAUAAGAUAUUUUAGAGGAUUAGCUAUAUUUUCGGCUAUAACUUAAGAUUUUAGGUAGUAAAAUGAGUUUUUUAUGGCAAAAAAAAUAAUAUCGUAGACAUCUAAAACAAGAUUUUUAGUGAAAUUUGAUAUUAGAAACAAGUUUUAUCUUUUAUCGCAUGAAUAACAUAACUUUACAUUUUCAGUGGAGGCAGAAAAGGAAUGACAUCUUUUGCCGUGUUUGACACGAUCCGCAAAGCUUUUGUGGCCGAGAUUCCGUUGAGAGUUCAAGGAAGAGUCAAGUUCAUGUUUGCCUUGAACCAACCGUCGCCAGUUGGUGGAAGUUCGAUGGUUGUGGUUACUCACAGUGAGGAUUAUGGUCAAUAUGUGGUAAGGAGUUUGGUUUUGUUGGUUUUUAGGUAACGGGCGAUGUAAAACGGCCAUUUAUUUAGGUUUAGUUGUUAAAAAGCUUGGUUUUAAGUUAAGCAAAGUUUUUUUUGUGUUUCUUUUACUAAAAUAUUAAUUUUUUGUUAUUUUUCAAAUUUUAAAAUUUUUAGCUUCACUUCUGGAGAGUCGACUUUACAUCAGAUGGCCUAUCAAUUGCUGGAGAACCUCGAUCUCUGGUCAGUUCUCCAAUACCAGUGGGCGAAGACUACAUCGUAGCCUUGAGAGAAGAUGCUCCAGAACUCGUCGUGAUCUCAGGACCACAAAUGAGUGUUUCGGUCAUCAACGCGUUGACCCAAGGACCUCAAGAACCAACCAGAAGAUUCGACGUGCACGGCGCCGAGCUGGCUCACUUUUACGAUGGAUUUGUGAGCCAAGGCAACGUCUACUUUUUGAGUGCAUCUCCAGAUGGCCACUUGGAUUACAGUAGAAUUCAUAUAUUGUCGUUGAACACUCAACAGAUCACUACACAGUAUUGUCAAGCUGACCCUCAAAGAGGUAACCCACCAGCCAGAAAACAGGCUGCUCUUGAUGCCAUUUCUGGCUUUAUCUUGUUGGCUGGAGGUGAGAUUGACUAUGGAAAUGGCAAUGUUCAACGACUGGUCGAUUACUGGGUCUUGGACUUGCAGAGUUUCAAGUGGAAUCAGGUACCAGCUCAAAUGCCAGUACCAUUGAUUGAGCCGAGAUUGAGCACCGCGCCUUCAGGUAAGGAUUUCUUGAAGUCUUAGGUAUUAAAAAUUUUAAAAAGUGUGAAUUUUAGGUAUAAAAAAACUUAAAAUUGAGGUUUUUUAAAUAAAAAUUUAUCUUGUAGGUAACGUCUACGUAUGGGGCGACUUUGACGACCCAUUGCCAGGCAUGCAAUCAGGCCAAACUCACGUUCGUAUCUUGAGAGUCAAAGGCCUAAACACCCUAUCUCCACCAUCAUACAACCAAGCCAUGGGCGGUGGAUCUCAACCCUACGGAGGUAACCAACCAUACCCAGGCUCGGGAGGCAACCAGCCAUACCCAGGAUCAGGAAGCAACCAACCAUACCCAGGAUCAGGAGGUUCAUACCCAGGACAAUCAGGUAACAACCCACCCUACCCCGGCUCUGGCGGUGGAAACCAACCCUACCCAGGCCAACAGUAUGGAGGUAAUCAGCCAUACCCAGGUUCAGGUGCUUCAUACUCAAAUAAUCAGCCCUAUCCCGGAAGCGACCAAAAAAUCAACCCCGAUCAGCCAAACCAACCCUACCCAGGUUCGGGCGGAGCUUCAGGACCACCAACUUCGUAUGGUCCGGGCUCGGGAGGAGCCUACCCACAACAACCCUACCAAGGCUUCAAUAACCAGCCAGUUCCAAACUCGUACCAACAACCAGCUGGAGACGCCCCACCCCAAUAUCCAUAUUAUCCACCCCAGGAAAAGAAGAAGGAUUGCUGUAUUCAGUGA